UGUUUGAAUAAAAUAUGAAAAAAAUUGUAAUCAUUCUCUCACGGCUAAAACGUGUCAACGGGCUGGGACAUGAACGCGACAUUCUUGCCAACCUAAAAAUAUCAUCGCCUACGUUCGCUGGAGUUACCUGUCUACCUGGUCAUCUAUAUUUUCACGUUGCUUAGUAUCCCAGAGGACUUGGAGGGGGUCCUAACCGUCAAGGCAUCGCUAUGUUAGUAGUGGUUUAACGUCCGGUAUUCAACGGUCGCGAGGUUAAUCGGAAAUUCGCGUUCAAAAAAUCGUAAAUCGUCAAAAUUCCGUUAUUGCGCGUUUUAAAGCGUCAGUUUUCGCUUUCGUCCGCUUUUCAAUUGUUACUAUUUAAGUGCCUCCGAUUAUGUUUUGUUUUUAGUUUUUUUUUUCUAUAUUAAGUACAAGGUCGUCAAGUUAAAGACGAGAAUUAUCCGCAGGAGUGCUUAUUCCGUGAUUCUUCGAAUACUUCUUGUCGUUUAUAUUGGGUUUAUGCAUCGUUGUAGCGAAUUAUGUAUUAAAAAAUAAAUUGGAUUUUGUUAAUUUUUUGGAAAUAAAAGGCGAAAAGAAAGUUGAAGAGUUCGUUUGUGAGUUGUUCUUUGGUGUUGCGUGCGGGUCGUAAACGCGUUGGUCUGCUGUAUAACACCAUCGAGCAUCUGCUUGUUGAGGAUUACAACAUCUGCUCGUGCUCCAGUCUUUCUACCUCCGCGGAGAAAGAAUAAAAGAGGCAGCACGUAGUCACCGGAAAGGAGGCGGCGAAGAAGAAACAAUGGGAAAUCAUCCGUCUAAUCAUCAGCCUUUGGAGAGGGGCGUAUCGAAAUUCGGUGAUGUUCAUACGAGGAGAAGUUUACGCUCUCCUAGGAAAAUGGACAGACUUCGAAGAUCGUUUAGGGAUUCUUUUAGAAGGCGUAAAGAGCGGAUGCCCGAAAGUUCAAAACCACAUCAAUGGCAAGCUGAUGAAUCCGCCGUUCGUUCCGGAACUUGUACAUUUGGUGUAAAAUAUCUUGGAUGCGUUGAAGUAUUCGAAUCCAGGGGUAUGCAAGUUUGCGAGGAGGCACUUAAAGUUUUAAGGGGAUCUCGUCGUCGACCAAUAAGAGCUGUACUACAUGUAAGCGGAGAUGGUUUAAGAGUAGUCGAGGAAGAAACAAAAGGUUUAAUAGUAGAUCAAACGAUUGAAAAAGUUUCAUUUUGCGCACCGGAUCGUAACCACGAAAGGGGUUUCAGUUACAUUUGCAGAGAUGGUACAACAAGACGAUGGAUGUGUCAUGGAUUUCUGGCAAUGAGAGAAUCGGGCGAACGAUUGAGUCACGCGGUCGGCUGUGCCUUCGCGGUUUGUUUGGAGAAGAAGCAGAAACGCGAUAAGGAAUGCGGGGUCACGAUGACGUUUGACGCGAAAAAUUCCACCUUCACAAGAAGCGGAUCGUUUCGACAACAAGGUUUAACCGAACGAUUGGAGAGAGCCGUUGAUGUAAACGCGCCGAAAGCGGCCCCGGUGAAUCCUUUUGCUAUUGAAAGACCGCACGCGACGCCUAGUAUGUUACAAAGACAGGGGAGUUUUCGUGGGUUGGGAACUUUGGGGCAGAGUUCGCCGUUUAAACGGCAGAUGUCGUUACGUGUUAACGAUUUGCCGAGUAAUGCUGAAAGAUUAAAUUCUUAUAAAAGUGCUGCGAAUGGAUCGAAACCGGUAUCUCCAAUUCCUGAAACGGAUACUGUAGCUGCUUUAUGUCAACAGCUUUCGCAGGGUUUAAGCCAAUUGACGCACAGUGGAUCUGAUGACUUCAAUUUUAAUAGUCAAUCUUCGAUAAACCAAAACGUCUCUUUGUCUAUAACUAAUAACACAACGAGUCAAUCAAUUACAAGCACUCCAACCUGCGCAGCGAACAAUAUAGCACCGGUUACGUUAAAUUUUAGUGCUAAUUCAAAUCAGUCCGUUAUUUCGUUCAGGAAUUCUUCAGCAAAUGAAUCGAGUACUAGCGAAAGUUUACCAAAACCCGAUCAGUGGUUGGGUAAAAUCGUUAAUUCAACAUCGCCAUCGACCAGAAUGAUGGAUGGUGUGAGUAGAAGAAGUAUGAUGGCUGUACAUUCGAGAGCGAUGUCUUUAGAUUCCGCAGAAUCAUUCCCAAAGGAUCAACCGGAUCCUUUCGAUGCUGAGUGGGCCGCAAUUGCCGCUAGACAAAACACAAAUAACACAAAUCCUUUCUUGACCAGCCCCGCUGCACCUCAAGCGUUUCAAGUACAACUGUAGCAUCGAGGAAAAUUAUUUUAUUAAAACAAGAAUGAUAUUUAUAAAAGGGAAUUGAUUCCCAAUGAAAUUAUUGAUUACUAAAAUAAGAAUAAAAUGAAAUACAGCAUUUAUUUAGAUGGGGAUACAGUUUGACAUUUCCUAAAUAUUUGAAAUAUAACUAAGUCAUUCCAAAUGAUAAUUGAGUUAGGAAAUAAACUGUAGAAUUGAGUAAAUUUGAACUAAAAUUAGAACUAACAGUACUCAGUUC